AUGAUGAGUUCUGCCGCCUGGGACGGCCAGGACCAGCACAUGUCCACGGGCCCCGAUGACGAGUUCAAUCAGUUCCUCGACAUGACCGGCAUCGGCACGAUUCCCGAUGCGACCGCCAUGCAGUUCGACUUCCACACCUUCAACGACGCCUCCUCCUCCGCGCCCCAGCCCAUGAUGCCCGGCGCUGCCCACCAACACCAACAUCAACAUGCCCAACAUCAGCAUCAACAUCAACAUCAGCAGCAGCGGCAACAACCUCCCCCGACCGCCGCUGAUGCCCUCAUGACGGACCCGGACCCCUCCGCCAUGAUCCCCCGCAGCGACGGCCUGCUGCAGAACCACACGCCCGCCAUGUCCGCCGUCUCUCACCCGUCCAUCCCUGCCCACAUGCUCGCCACCUCAGCACCCGAUUCCAUCUCCAACAUUGACGCGCAGAUUCACUACCUCCAGCAGCAAAAGUUUCAACAACAGCAGCGCCAGCUCCAGGACCAGCAUGCCACCUUUUACGGCCCUCACGGUCACCACUCCGUCCCUCCCACCCCUCAGAGCCUCGAGAUGCCUCCCGGCAGCGGCCAGUUUUAUUCUCAGGCAGAGCAGCUGCCCCAGCGCACUGCCUAUGAUCGCGGCUACCACCAGCGCGUCGCCGAGCAAGAUAUGGCCUUCACACCGCUCGUGUCGCCCGCUGUCACCCCUCUGGACCCUCACUUCAACAUGGACAGCACCUUUGCCGUUCCCGGCUCUUAUUUUAGUCCCCUGACUUCGCCUGCCCUGCACGCCCAACCAGAUGCCUCCGUCUAUGACCACAGCACCAACUCCAACAAUUCCCCGAUUGACAUGGACCUCGAGACACCACCCGCCACGCAAACCGUGCCUCCCAGUCAGGAUCUCGCCAAAAAGGCUCGCAGAAACAAUGCUGCCAAAGCCCGCUCGAAAUCUGGUGUGAAAAAUUCCCCCAUUGCGAAGCCCCAGCGCCGCAAGGUUGGCCCCAGCCCUGCCAUUGUCUCCCAGGUUCUAAGCGAGGUCGAUGAGAGACGGUUGCAAAGCGGCGGUGAAACUGGCCUGCUGCCUCUACCAGCCACGUCAACAGAGGGCUCUGAUGAGAAUGCUUCCGUUUCGCCUGAGAACCUCACAGAUAUGCCACCGCCGCCUGUCCCUGCACGGAGAUCCAACAGCAAGUCCCCUUAUAUCCAGGCGCAAAAUGGCAACCCGAGCCAGGCACUGCCACUCUCCAUCAAUGAAGAGCGCCAACAGCCUCACCCUGCUACGCCCGCCUCCCUAAUGAAGCUGCCAUCCUCCAAGGGAAAGAAGCCGCAGUCGACGCAACAAGGUGACACAGCCACUGAACACAUCGAGUCUCUGGAGCUGCCGGAGUCUGUAUCCAACAGACCGCUCGCGCCGAUCAACACGCAAAUAUCCUCUCAGUUCCCUGGUAACGAUCAGCCCGUCUCUGCCCGCAGCACCGGCUUCCACCCUUCGCCAUCACCGAAUCUGCGCCCCGUUGGCGGCACCCUGUCCGCCAGCGCGAGCCCUUCGCUCGGCCCCCGAUCGGCCGGUCCAUCAGCGCGCAAGACCCCUCAGUUGCUCUCACGAAAUAGCAGAAAGCGCUCCACUGGCUCCGUCCAUGUGUCCCCCGCCCUGCUUCCCCGAAUCUCACCCAACAUCAAACCGCUCAUCCCCGGUACGCCAGGCAUGUCGGCCGAGGACACUUCGCGGCUGCUCAUGUCCAAGUCUAAUUACCAAAACAUUCUGGAGGGCAACACCGUACCUGGUGUCAGCUACCCGACGGAGCUGUCUACCAACCUAACUUCGAAGCGCACCUCACACAAAAUUGCUGAGCAGGGCCGCCGUAAUCGCAUAAACUCGGCGCUGCAGGUUAUGGCGAGCCUUCUGCCUGAUCAGGGGAAUCCCACCUCCGAGGACGGCGAAGAGAAGAAGGACGGCAAGCCGGGAGGCAGCAGCAAUAGCAACAACACACCCAGCAGUAAGGCGAGCGUGGUGGAGAAUGCCAUUGUGCACAUGAAGAAUCUGCAAAAAGAAAACGGAGAUUUGAAGAAGGAGCUGGAGGAGUUGAGGAAUAAGCUGGAGGCUAUGCAAAAGAGUUGA